AUGCUGGCCCCCAAGCCCAAGCUCAGCGAGGCGCUGAAGGUGGUGGCCCGGUGCCGCCCGAUGAGCCGCAAGGAGGAAGCCGCCGGGUACGAGCGGAUCCUGGAGAUGGACGUGCGGCUGGGCCAGGGGAGGCUGGGCAACCCCCGGGCCUCGCUGGGGGAGCUGCCCAAGACCUUCACCUUCGACGCGGUGUAUGACGCCAGCUCCAAGCAGGCGGACCUGUACGACGAGACCGUGCGGCCCCUCAUUGACUCGGUGCUGCAGGGCUUCAACGGGACCCUCUUCGCCUACGGCCAGACGGGCACCGGCAAGACCUACACCAUGCAAGGCGCGUGGGCCAACCCCGAGAAGCGCGGGGUCAUCCCCAACUCCUUCGAGCACAUCUUCACCCACAUCUCGCGGUCCCAGAACCAGCAGUACUUGGUGAGGGCCUCCUACCUGGAGAUCUACCAGGAGGAGAUCCGGGACCUGCUGGCCAAGGACCAGAGCAAGAAGCUGGAGCUGAAGGAGAACCCGGAGACGGGCGUCUACAUCAAGGACCUCUCGUCCUUCGUGACCAAGAACGUCAAGGAGAUCGAGCACGUCAUGAACCUGGGCAACCAGGCCCGGGCGGUGGGCACCACCAACUUGAACGAGCACAGCUCCCGCUCCCACGCCAUCUUCAUGAUCACGGUCGAGUGCAGCGAGACCGGGCUGGACGGCGAGGACCACAUCCGCGUGGGCAAGCUCAACCUGGUGGACCUGGCGGGCAGCGAGCGCCAGAGCAAGACCGGGGCGCCGGGAGAGCGGCCGAAGGAAGCCUCGAAGAUCAACCUCUCCCUCUCGGCGCUGGGCAACGUCAUCUCCGCCUUGGUGGACGGCAAGAGCACGCACAUCCCCUACCGGGACUCCAAGCUGACCCGGCUCCUGCAGGACUCCCUGGGGGGCAACGCCAAGACCAUCAUGGUGGCCACCCUCGGGCCGGCCUCGCACAGCUACGACGAGAGCCUGUCCACCCUCCGCUUCGCCAACCGGGCCAAGAACAUCAAGAACAAGCCGCGGGUGAACGAGGACCCCAAGGACACGCUGCUGCGGGAGUUUCAGGAGGAGAUCGUGCGGCUCAAGGCCCAGCUGGAGAAGCGCGGCAUGCUGAGCAAGCGGCGGAGGAGGAGCAGCCGGCGGAAGAAGGCGCUGGACGGGGAGGGCGCCCCGGAGCACGAGGCCGAGGAGGACCACGAGGACGGGCUGGAGAAGAACAUGGAGAACUACUUGCGGGAGCAGAAGGAGCGGCUGGAGGAGGAGAAGGCGGCCAUCCAGGACGACCACAGCCUGGUGAGCGAGGACAAGCAGAAGCUCCUGGAGGAGAAGGAGAAGAUGAUCGAGGACCUGCGGAAGGAGCAGGAGGCCACCGAGCUGCUGGCCGCCAAGUACAAGGCGAUGGAGAGCAAGCUGCUCAUCGGAGGGAGGAACAUCAUGGACCACACCAACGAGCAGCAGAAGAUGCUGGAGCUGAAGAGGCAGGAGAUAGCAGAGCAGAAGCGUCGGGAGCGGGAGAUGCAGCAGGAGAUGCUGCUGCGGGACGAGGAGACCAUGGAGCUGCGGGAGACCUACACGUCCCUGCAGCAGGAAGUGGAGAUCAAAACCAAAAAGCUGAAGAAGCUGUACGCCAAGCUGCAGGCCGUGAAGGCGGAGAUCCAGGACCAGCACGAUGAGUACAUCCGAGUGCGGCAGGACCUGGAGGAGGCCCAAAACGAGCAGACCCGGGAACUGAAGCUCAAAUACUUGAUCAUCGAGAACUUCAUCCCCCCGGAGGAGAAGAACAAGAUCAUGAACCGCCUGUACUUUGACUGCGAGGAGGACCAGUGGAAGUUCCAGCCGCUCGUGUCUGCCGGCGGCAGCAGCAGCCAGAUGAAGAAGAGGCCAACCUCUGCCGUGGGCUACAAGAGACCCAUCAGCCAGUAUGCACGGGUGGCCAUGGCGAUGGGAUCCCACCCUAGGUACCGGGCUGAGAACAUCAUGUUUCUGGAGCUGGACCUGUCUCCGCCGGCCGUGUUUGAGUUUGAGCGGACCAGGGACCCCGGCGAGCAGGACCCACGGGCUCUGCACCUCGAGAGGCUGAUGCGCCUGGACAGCCUCCUGGAGCGGCCAGUGGCCUCCCGCGUCAGGAAGUCCAGGUCCUGGUGCCAGACGCCCCGGUCGCUGCCGUCUUCAACAACGCACGUUUCCCUGGCCUCCAGCUCCCAGCGCCCCCCCACGACGCCGGCUCACGAGUGACAUCCUGCAGCCCCCGCUCCCCUCCCUCCUUCACAGAGCAAGGACUCUGCCACCCCGCACUGGCUGCUGCUGGGAGCACUGGGCCCGGCGAGGGCCCCCCCGCAGCUGGCAGCCUCGUCCCCGCAUCCGGUCCCAUCUCGUCUCUGUCUUCAGCUACUUCGUGUGCGUGCGUGUUUGUGUGAGACGCUUGGAGCCGGGUCCCCCCCCCCUUCUAGACCGGUCACUUUAUUUAUUUAAUGUAUUUAUUUAUGGAGUGGUUUUGCGACGCAGAGUCAGGAGGCACGUUCAUCCUGACGAACAUCCCAGGCUGGUCGUGGGCACCAUGCAGAUCACCCCCGGGGCUGCUGGCAUCCAGCCCCCGCUGAUGUUGAGCAAGCAGCUGUGAGGUGCUGGUGCUUUUCCUAGGGAGGCGAAGCUGCAUUUCCUUGGUACCACUGAUGGGCUGCCCAUCCUUAACAUACAGUUAUCCUCCUCCAAGGAGGGAAGGCAGGAGAGAAGCAAGCCCCCGACACUGAUGGCCUUGCUGCAAGAGGAGACUGCCCAGAGCUCUCCGUGUGCUUGGUGCUGGGGGGUGCUCUUUGCUUUGCCGGACCCUGUGGAGUUCACCACCAGGCUUGUGCAAAGGGAGGUGACGGCUGUUGCACCAGUGGUUUCAGAUUUCCUGGCAGUCGGACCUUGCACGGGCUUGCCACAGACAAAGAGGAGCCUUCCGGGCUGUAUUGACAGCGGUGCAGCAGCGUCACCGUGAAUCUCAGCACCGUGACAUGCAUGGCGGUCGCAGAGGACAUUGAACUGAGAGGGUGAGAUGAGACUUUCCCAUGAUGUAGGGAUGUUGUGAUGGCUAGAACAGCUCGGUUGGCCCAUCUAACACUCACCGUGGUUUGCGGUCCCUGGUCUGGUGGGCAUAGCACCCCUUGCACCCAGGGAGACCGCCGUCCUUUUCUCCCCAGAGAAGCACACCGAGUCCGGGGAGUUACAUUAUCUUAUCGGAGCAGGAACUCACAGAAAUGAAAAUGCCCAUGGGUCCUGGCAGCUACAGGGAAAGUCAGUGAAGGGCCAGCGUCCUGAGGCAGGAGGAGCACGCCGACCUGGACAGGUGAUAUGACAUGUGGCCCACUGCUCGCCCGUGGGCCAGUGCGGGGGCUCUGGGGGGGCAGGGGCAAGCCGUGAGUCAAACGUGACCAGCACUGAGCAGCUGAGGAAGGCGGUCCUUCCCGGAGAUAGGGUCGGUGGGUGGGUGUCCCAAGCAGAGGCAGAGGGUGAUGGGUUUGGGAUGCCUAGCAGAUGUGUAGCUGGAGAGAGGACAGGCAGAGAGCAAAGUGGUUUGCCAGGCCCCAGGGACUAAGACAAUGCUGGAUGUGACCACUCGUCGCCUAUGCCAGGCUCCCUGGGAGGAUCUGUUCCUAGUUGCAUGGCUGUUGAAACCCAGGGCAUACUCCGCUUUCACCACAGCAUGUUCCCUCUGCUUCUUGGGUACUCGCUCCUCUUUCCCCUGUCACCUCAGAAAGUCUUGGCUCCUCUGCCCUCCAAGCCCGGCGAGAAGCUCUUGGUCCUUCCUCCCUCCCAGUGCCGCUUUUGGCCUGGUACGGCAUCAGGCAGGCCUGUCCUUCCCAUCCGGGGGGCAGAGACUGGAGUUCAGUCUGGACGAUCCACCCGGCCUGAGAGCCGGCUGAGGUGCAGCAGGGUCUACUGGGGUGAUGAAGCAUCUCAUUAGAUUAGGGAGGAUCCUUUCCUUUCCAUUUGUCCAUUCCUUGCGCACAUUUGCCUUGAAGGCCUGGACACACACUUGUUCUUCUCCAUACGGGAGACGGUGCACGUGGAGGGGACGGAGACUUUCUCCCAGGGCCCAUGACAAGUUCUGUUUGCCUAAAAGCAUCAUCCCAGGAUGUGAAACUGUAUCGUGGAUGAACAACGUCCUCUCUGGAGCCACGAGACCCAUUGUACCAAAGACCCUCGUUCCUUCCCUCCUCUCUCCUCCACAGCUGCCGCAGAGGAGAAGAGGUAAAAUGAGCUAGGCCUGGAAAAGGGAAGGAGCUGCCUGCUCAUGUAAUGAAGGCAGCUGCCUCUUCUUCUACAAGGCUGCUAACUGCCAAGUCCAUUUUCACCCAGGCGAGCAAAUUAGUCCCUCCUUGUGCAGAGCUUGGCUUGAAGAGAUGAAAGAGGAACCCCCUGCUAAGCCAUUUCACCUCCCAGGCACAGCAGGGCUAAGCACAGGCCCUGGAUUAAAUGCGUCUUUGCCUGCUGCAUGCUGAGACCUGCAGUCUCUUCUGGUCACGUCCCCUUAUUAAAGACGAGGACAGCUGCCCGCCGCUCCAGGAUGUGCUGAGGUUCCCGACAGGCCAGCAAGGAGCUUCCAAACUGGAAAAGUUUCCAGUGCAACCCUCCAUUGGGGUCAACGUUUAUUACCAAGGCAUUCCCCUGCUUUUUCCAGCUGCUGACGGUGGAAGGACAGCACAUCUUGUGCAUUGCAUUGCCUUGAUUCAGGUGACUUGGGCAGGUAGCUGCCGUGAGAGGGGCAGGCACUGCCUAGCCGGUUGGACUCCGGCCCUGCUGAUCUGCAGUCUGCACAGGGCUUGUGGAGCCACAGCGAGAAGCACAUCCAGCUGAAAAUAAGCAGCCGAUGACAAGCCGCCUCACGGGAGUCCCUGCGAUGGUGUGGGAAGCAGGGAAGGGGCUGCCACGGGGCAGUGCCGGCCAGAGGCUGGGCCAGCCUGCGCCAGAGCCACAGGACGAAUGCAAGCUCGAUGGACUCCUGCUCUCUCCGUGGUCACAGAUGUCCCUUUGCCAGGGCGAGAGCCACAGCGAAGCAGCGUGAAGAGGAAAGAUGAGCCUGGCCCCCCUCUGACCUAUCUCCACAUUACCAAAAUGAGGACCUGCAGGAGAGGAGACGCAGACUGAAAGGCAGGCGCUCCCGGGGCCCCCUUUCAAAUACUCGGCCAUCUCCCCAUCUCUACAGGAGUGGGUGAGAGACCGAGCCCUGGUCUCAUUAUAUUUUGAGGGAGGAGGAGCUGAUCGGGUUUCGUGGGGCUGGAGUCAUGGAGGCCCCAAAUGGCGAGCCACUGGCAGACCCCCGGAUGGCUGGAUUUUAUGCAGGGCAAAGGAGCUAAAGCUAAAAAGCCGAUUAUUUCCCCUCGGUGCUGCUGUGACCCCAGAGCUUGCUACGCAGCGUGGAGAGGGAGCGGCAGCAUCUGUGCUGGCUUGAACUGGCAGCUCUGCUUCCUUCGCUCGCCCAGGAGCCCAGCUCGUGCCUUGUAGGUCUUCAGAGCAUUACUUUCCUGUCCAGAUGCAAGGGGAGAGCGAGCCGCUGGGAACGCUGGCAGAAAUACUGUAACACAGUGGAAAUAGCCUAUCUCCAGCACCAUCCAGAGGGUGACUUGGGCAUCUAACUAGCCUUCAGGAUUGGGGGUGGGUCAAAAGCAACCGCGUGCCCAUGCGUACCCAUGGCAGGUAGCACAUGCCUAUCCCAGCUCCCUGAGCUACCGCCUUCCCUAUCUUCUGUCUAUUCAUCCUUUUACCGUGGGGGAGCUCGGCCUGGCAGAAACGGGUGCAGAAGUGCCCUUCCCACCUUCCCUCUUCAGGCUCCUGCUACCACGCAGAUAUGUUCAACCUGACUUGCAGAAAGCUGGCUGUGUCCUCGCUGUGCGCCACGCUUCAAGCACAACCGGAGAGAGCUGCGGGGCUUUCGGUAGAGCACAAGAGCUACCUGCAGCGACUGCCUGAGCUGCCCACGCACACGUGCUUGUAGGCAAACGCAGACGCCCUGUUGCUCUGAUCAUCCAGUUACAUGUCUUCAGCGCAGGCUGGUUUUCCUGAUUUUGAAUACCCCUGGUUUUAGACAUGCUGAUGCCCACCGUUUCCUACCCACCUCGAUACUCCUGCUCAUGUCUUUAGCAGGGUGUUUCGGAGGAGGAUGUGCAGACAUAAAGCCUAGUUGACCGGCAAGCCUUCCCUUCAAGAGAUGGCACCCCCCGCCCCGCAGCCCCUUGGGCAGCACCUGAUUGCCCACGGGAGGGUAUUUCCAGAGCCACGGUGAAUUCAGACAGGAUUACAGCCAGGACGGGAUCCGUGCGAGCACUCUCCCAACUGACAUGGCCGGCUUCCUUUGAUGCCCCUCCUGGGUGGCUGCCGGGGUUGGUCAUUGGACGCAGACACUUUGGGGUCACAGCGCAGCACUAGCCCAGCUCCAAAUUUUGGCUUUCAGGGUUUCAGGAAAGCCCUACAGCAAAGUGCCCCCUGUUGCCGGUGUUAAGUCAGGUGUGUGUGUGUUUGUGUGCAUGUGUGCGUGUGUGUAUUUGCGUGUGCAGGGGUGGGCUGAGCUGCUUUCAAUGCCCAAGUGCCGCUUUGACGCGUCUCUCGCGUGUGUACGUCUGAAAAUCUCGUGUGCGCUCUCUGCGUCGACCUGCUGCUGCCGAUAACCUCAUGAUCUUAGCACAAAAACCAAGGAAGGCUGUAAAUAAAUACUGAUUAGUAAAGAGGAGAGCCAAGGAGUUAGCAGCGGUGUCUUCCCUCCGCCUUGGUACGGCAGACUGGGUCCCUUCCACAGCCUCACUGCGUUGCUGCAACAACCUCAGAUGUAUAUUUCCAAUGUUCUUUGUAUGUUGGUUUGUAUGUAUUUACAUAUGAAUGUAUGUAGGUGUGUGCGGGUGGGCACAAGUGUGUCGCCAAGGGAUCCAUUUACCUUCAAUGUGAGUGACUGUACAGGGGGCAAAUUCCAGAGGGGGUUAGUGGGUUGUGGGGUUUUUUGUUUGGUUUUUCUUUUCUUUUUUUCUUUUUUUUUUUUUGGAUUGAUCUGCUGACUGAUUGAUUGACAAGGUGAGGGCCUUGAUUAGGACCAAAUUUUUGUGCCUGUAGCUAUGGUGAUUUAUUGAAAAACAAAACUUUACUGUAUGGUGGCCCAUCCUUGUCACUCUAUACAUAUAAAUAUACAGGACAUAUAUAAAUAUAUAUAUAUUAUACAUACAAUACUGAGAGGUCAUGGUCCUCACCCCCUCCACCCCCCCCGGCUUUGGAUGGACACCUCUUCAAUACUCUGUAAUGUAGCUUUGACUUAGUGCUGGGAAGGAACAGAAAGGGCCAGCACCCUUCAGUGAACCAACAGUGACAACAAUA